AUGUCAAAUGGAAGUGUUGCUUCCCGUCUGAAAGCCAAGCCAGCUUUGGACUGGCCUACGAGAAAGAGAAUAGCUUUAGGAGCGGGAAGAGGCUUGCUAUAUUUGCAUGAACAGUGUGAUCCAAAGAUUAUUCACCGGGAUGUGAAGGCAGCAAAUAUCUUGCUUGAUGAUUUUUGUGAGGCUGUGGUGGGAGAUUUUGGGCUGGCAAAGCUGUUAGAUCACAGGGAUUCACAUGUGACAACAGCAGUGAGAGGCACUGUAGGGCACAUAGCCCCCGAGUAUCUCUCAACAGGUCAAUCUUCUGAGAAAACCGAUGUGUUUGGUUUUGGAAUUCUUCUUCUUGAACUAAUAUCUGGCCAAAGGGCUCUUGAGUUUGGGAAAGCAGCAAACCAGAAAGGAGCCAUGCUAGACUGGAUGAGGAAGCCAAGUCCCAGAACUAGUAAGCAUAUGCAGCUUAAGCUUGAAGCAAACGCCAAGGCUACUUUGUGA